GCCCCGGAGGGUUCCACCCAGCUCCUCGGUGCACGUCUAGGGCACCCCAUCCUGGGAAGGGGGACCUGGGACCCGCCCCUUGGUUGGGCCAAGGCGGCGCCCCGAGAGGCGGAGCCCCGAAGGGGUGGUCCGGGGAUGCAGGAAUAAGAGCGCUGCUGCUGGCGGGCGGGCAGUGGCCCACGAUGUCGCUAGUGCUGUUGAGCCUGGUCACGCUGUGCUGGGGCCCCGCGCACCCGGAGCCGAUGACCCAGUGUGGCUCUGAAGUAGGACCCUCUCCGGAGUGGCUGGUCCAACAUGCUCUGAUCCCAGGAGACUUGAAGAGUCUCCAAGUGGAGCUUGUCAAAAGCAGUGUUGCAGCAGAGGACCAGACCAUUUUAAUGAAGAUAAGCUGGAUACUUCGGGCUGAUGCCAGCAUCCUGUCACUGAAGGCCACCAAAAUCUGUGUGGCGGGCUUUAAGAAGUUCCAGUCCUACAGCUGCGUGAGGUGCAACUACACUGAGGCCUUCCAGACUCAGAUCAAACCCUCGGGUGACAGAUGGAUGUUUUCCUACAUCGGCUUUCCUAUCGAACCGGGGGCAACUUAUUACAUUGGGGCCCACAAUAUUCCCAGUGGCAAACUGAACGGAGACAUCCCUUUCAAGUUGGUGAAUUUCACCUCCCCAGGCUGCUUAGACCACACCAUGAAAUACCAGAAGAAGUGCAUUAGCGAUGGAAGCCUGUGGGAUCCAAACAUGACUGCUUGCAAGAAGAACAAGACAGUGGUAGAAGUAAACUUUACCACCAAUGCUCUUGCAAAAGAGUAUAUGGCUCUCAUUAAAAACCCCACUCUGCUGGGAUAUUCUAUGAUCUCGGAGGACAAACAAACUCGAGCUUCUGUGGAGAUUGUAGUGACUGGGGAAAGUGAAGGUGCUGAGGUCCAGUUGGCUCCGUAUUUCCACACUUGUGGCAAUGACUGUAUCCGACAGAGAGGAACUGUUGUGCUUUGCCCAGAGAAAAGUGCCGUCUCACCUCCGGAUAGCAGCAGAAGCACGUUGGGUGUUUGGCUGUCUGUCUUACUUCCGGUUCUGCUAGUGGUCACAUGGAUGCUGAUACUUGGGAUAUAUCUCACGUGGAGGCACGAAAGGGCCAGAAACUCCUCUCUCUCCGCUACCCGGCUGCUGCCACCGCUGAAGAUUCUCGUGGUUUAUCCAUCCGAGAUUUGUUUCCAUCACACAGUCUGCUAUUUCGCAGACUUUAUUCAAAACCAGUGCCGAAGUGAGAUUAUCCUUGAGAAGUGGCAGAAAAAGAAAAUCGCCGAGAUGGGCCCAGUGCAGUGGCUGACCACGCAGAAGAAAGCCUCAGAUAAAGUCAUUUUCCUUCUUUCCAAUGAUGCCAAAGUCGGAUGCGAUGGCACCUGUGACAAGGGCAAGGGUGGGUCUGGGGAGGCCUCACAAGACCUGUUCCCCCUGGCCUUUAACCUCUUCUGCAGCGAUCUGAGAAGCCAGGCUCGCCGGCACAAGUAUAUGGUGGUCUAUUUUAGAGAGGUUGAUGCUAAAGAAGAUUACCACGCGCUCAGUGUCUGCCCCAAGUACCAUCUCAUGAAGGACGCCACCGCUUUCCGCACAGAACUUCUCCGGGUCAAGCCCCGUGUGUCAAUGGGCAAGAAGCUGGGAGCCCGCCACAGUAGUUACUCCUUUUGCUAGCACCUACAAGAAGCAAGAGUUCCUAAAGCCUGGGGCCAGAGCAAUAGUAGAGUGGGUAGGGCAGUAACAUUGCAUGCUGCUGACACCAGUUUGAUCACCUGCAUCCCAUAUGGUCCCCCAAUAUUGCCCUUCAACACCGACCAGGGGUAAGCCCUGAGCACAGCCAGGUGUGCCCCCUCCACCAGAACAACAAUAGCAGCAACAACAACAACAUCCCCCUGAAGCUUUCCUACCCCUCUCUUUACAAGAAGAAAACAGCUCUCAUGAUUCUGGAGUUUACACUCUGCUAUAUCCCCAUCAGUAAUAGGGAGUUCUCAUAACAUACGUUUGCUUUAGCCUACUAACUUAAAUCUAUAUGCUAAAAAUUCUUCUAAAUAUCACUAUUGUAGCAUUAGAGAACACAGAAAUAUCUUUUAAUUAUAAAGCUAAAUCUCAUUAAAUAUAAGUUACCAUAUGAAACUGUACCCAUCCUGAGAAUGCAGUGAUGAGGAAUAUUCCAGCUAAACAUUGUCGGGGAGAGUAUAUGCACUGCACUGGGGGCAGAAUUGUUGAAUUCUGUUGAAUCAGUGAAUGCAAUUCGGUUGAAUCAGUGAAUGCUAAAUUUAAGAAGCUCCAGCACUGGAGAUAGAAUAGGAGUUAGAGGAUUUGCCUUUCAUCAUCACAUAGUUCCCUGGCCACUACCUGGUGUAGUCUCAAAUUAUAUAGAUAUGCUCAAACUCUUUGGUGAAAGACCAUCUUUAAAAACUUUGGAAAAAUUCUUUUGGUUCUAAUUUUUGUUUUUUGCUUUUUGGGUCACACCUGGCGAUGCACAAGGGUUACUCCUGGCUCUGCACUCAGGAAUCAUCCCUGGUGGUGCUCAGGGGACCAUAUGGGAUGAUGGGAAUCGGACCCGGGUCUGCUGCGUGCAAGGCAAACGCCCUACCUGCUGUGCUAUCGCUCCAACCCUUGGGUUUUUUUUGUUGUUGUUCUAAUUUUUAAAGAAAAAAAAAUAAAAACAGGGACUAACAAGCUGAUCCCUCUUUGCUGACCAGAUGACCUUUAUUAAAUGUGUCAUCAUGUGUAAUUUUUGCUUUUUGUAUAUGAUGUUCCUUUUGCAAACUAGAUUCAUAUCUUGUCUUAUGUACAGGUGACUUUUAAUAUGAAAAAGUAAAAUACUUGCAUACUGAACACUCAGAAUUCAGCACUGGAGAGAUAGUACAGGGGGUAAUGUCCUUACUUUGUAUGCAGCUGGCUGGAUUCUAUUCUAGGCACCACAUACGGUUCCCUGAGCCCUACCAAGAAUAAUCCCUGAACAUGUUGGGUAAGCCCUAAGCACUGCUGGGUGUGGCCUCAACACAACAAAGAACAAACAAAACCACAAUUAAUUCAGAGUUUCUUACAUACAUUUUUCAUGUACAUACACACACACACAUACACACACGCACACUCUUGUUAUGUUGGAAGUUAGCACUCAUAAAGUAAUUAAUCUUUCUAUAAAUGAGCUAUAAUGCUCUAAGUGAAAAACAGAAACUAUCAAAGAACAUAAAAACUUAUGGUAUUUGAAAUCUUCCAACUUUUUGUUUUUUAAAGCAUCUUUUAAAAAAUUAAAAAUUUUAGACACCAUGGGUGACAAUACUGUUUUAGUGGUCGGGUUUCUUGAACAAUUUUUUUGUUUGUAUUUUGGGGGCACCUGGCUGUGCUCGGGCUACUCCUGCACAAUUUUAUCACCAGCCCUCCACCCUGCCUAUUUCCCACCCCAUUUCACUUUCCUACUAAAGACCAGUUUUCAGUUUCUGUUGCCUUUGGGCAUGUUAUUCCCCUGUUAGUUUCUUUAUAUCUUGCAUGAGACCAUUCUGCCUGCACCACUCUGGACUAAUUUCACUCAGCAUGGUAAC